UUGUUUUACCUGGUACGGCCGUUUUUCAUCCACCUUGUCCCUGCGAAGGGUAUUGUCGAGGACUGGGGUUGGUGCGCCAAACCCCUUUGAAGCCUCCACUUACUAUUCCUUUUCUUCCUUUCCUUUGCUCUCUCUCUCUCUAAAGCUUCUUCUUGGAUCCUAAUCUUUAAUCUCCAAAUCCCCCAAUCUUAAUCUCUCUAACCCAUGUAAAUACUUCCGCUUGAAUUUUUCUCCAAUCACUAUCUGGUCUUCUUCUUCCUCCAGAUUUAAACUACUAAUCCGUUUUCGUGGUACAAGUUUUUUUUUUUAAUAUAUGGUUGAUGCUUGAUAUGUGCUUUUGCUUCGUUUCCUAGAUUGCAUUGAAGCAGUUUUUUGCACUUUCGAAUCCAAAUCCUUAUCUGGGUCUUAUUCAGAACCCCGACUUUUUUUUCCCCUUCCGAGUAAUCCACGACUGUGUGUUUGCAGGGACCAAUGGGGAAAAAAGUUAAGAAAAGGAGCCGUUCAUUGCAGAAGGAGAAGCGGGUUACAGCCCCUUCUCCUAAAAUUGAACCUCAGCAAAUCAAUCCUAGUGUUGAUGCCAUUGAUGAUGGAGUUACAGUACCAAAAGAGAGAAAACCAUGUGCCCACCUCAACAAGGGUUUUAAUCUAAACAGUUUGUCUGAGAAACUUGGGUCUUCAGAUCCUUUAAUGUGUGAGGAUUGUAACGAAGGUGUGGCUGAUAAGAGAGGGGUAAAGGGGAAAGGCAAACAUGGCAAGAAGAAAGCGUCAGUCGAUUCAAAAUCUGAGCCCAAAUCCAUUUGGGUGUGUUUAGAAUGUGGGCAUUAUGCCUGUGGAGGGGUUGGUUUACCAACAAUCCCUCAUAGCCAUGCAGUUCGGCAUGCUAGACAAACCCGUCAUCCAUUGGUGAUCCAAUGGGAAAACCCUCAUCUCCGUUGGUGCUUCCAAUGUAGUACGCUAAUUCCAGUUGAGACAACAGAAGAAAAUGGUGAAAAGAAAGAUUCAUUAUUUGAUGCUGUCAAAUUAAUCAAGACACGAUCAUUGGGGAAGUCAUCAGUGGAUGUUGAAAAUGUUUGGUUUGGAGGUGGCAGUGUUGCAAGUGAAAUCAAAAAAGAAGGCACUCUAUCAAGCAGCUUAGAGAGAAGAGGCCAUUACAUGGUAAGAGGCUUGGUUAAUCUUGGGAACACUUGCUUCUUUAAUUCUGUAAUGCAGAAUCUAUUAGGUAUGAACAAGUUGCGAGAUUUCUUUUUGGAUCAAGAUGCAUCUUUUGGGCCACUCACUAUUGCUUUGAAAAAGCUCUAUGAUGAAACGAAACCUGAGACUGGUUUAAAGAAUGUUAUCAACCCAAGAUCCUUUUUUGGGUGUAUCUGUUCGAAAGCUCCUCAGUUUAGGGGAUUCCAGCAGCAAGACAGUCAUGAAUUGUUGCGUUGUUUACUUGAUGGGCUGUCAUCUGAAGAGUUGGCUGUGAGAAAACAAAUAAAUACUUUAAAGGAUGAUGAAAUUUCCUUGAAACAUGGCCCUACAUUUAUGGAUUCUCUAUUCGGGGGCCAAAUUGCAAGUACUGUUUCUUGUAUUGAAUGCAACCACUCCUCAACUGUGUAUGAGCCAUUUUUAGAUCUCUCCCUCCCAGUUCCCACCAAGAAGCCUCCAACUAAGAAGGUCCAACCAGUCUCUAGACCAAAGAAAACAAAGCUGCCACCAAAGAGAGGGGGAAGGAUGCGAGGAAAAGCUGACAAAGACACAGAUUCUGUGUCAGCACAAAGUAUUUCAGACCCCUCAACUAGCAAUGAGUAUUCUGACCGAACACAUGCGACUGUACCUCAUGGAGAAAACGUGGUGGCUUCUUCAGGUGAUGCUGCAGGAUCAGAUUCUGUUUGCUUACCUACUGUGUCUGAUAAAAGUGGUUUACCAUCAGAGAGUUUCUCAGCUGCUCCAAAUAUUGAAAAUGAGCAAGCUGUUGAGGCUACACUGGAGCAAACUGCAGCUUCAUACGAGGACUUCACCUGGAUGGAUUAUCUUGAACCAGAAACUAUAUCAGAUGAGCAUGAUUUCACUUCACAAAGUAAUGAUGUCUCAACUAGUCACUAUUCUGGAAAUAUGAUUCCAAAUGAUGACUUAAUGGAAAAGAGUCAAGUAUGUUCUGUUGAUAGGGAGCCAGAUUUAAAACCAGAUUCUUCUUCUGUGAAUUGUUGGGAAGCGGAGGUCCCAUUAGUGGUUAGAAGCUCAGAAGUUCUGCUGCUUCCAUACAAGGAGGAGAGUUUUACUGAUGGGGAGAUAAUUAAAGUAGAAGCUGAGGCUUCCUCCAGUGUUGUGGGCUGUGGACAAGAUGAAGCAGACUUUGAUGGAUUUGGCGAUCUAUUCAACGAGCCUGAGGUCUCUCCAGGAUCUGUUGCGGGACCUUCCUUAGACAAUGAAACUGCAGGAACUGGUUUUACAGCAGGAAACAGCAGUGAGUCUGAUCCAGACGAAGUUGGUAAUAGUGAUUCUCCAGCGUCUGUUGAGAGUUUUUUGGCUCAUUUUAUAAAGCCGGAGCUUCUUUCUAAUGACAAUGCUUGGGAAUGCGAGAGCUGUUCAAAAACCCUACAAAGGUUGGAAGCCAAGAAGAUGCAAUGUAAAACUGUAUUACAAACUAUGAUAAAUGGAGGUCAUACUCAAUCCCAAAGCCACCCACCAAAUUUAGACAAAGAUGUCUUAUGUUCUACAGAAGUCAGAGAUCUUCAAAAUGGAGAUAUUAGUACCAAUAGUUUUCUUAACUCCACAGGUGAAGGCUUCGAUUUGGAUAAUGGAAAAUUUGAUUUCUCUAAUCAAAAUUGCAUAGAAACUGAAAUAAUUCAAAUGAACAAGCUAAAACCAAUUGUUUCUCAAAGUGAAGAACGGAAGGGUGAGAUGACUGCUGCUCUUGUCGCGCAAUCCUAUUCUUCUGCUCACUAUGAAUCAUGUAGUCAAAGGAGUUUCAGUUGUCAAAUUUUUUAUUCUUCUAGAGUUGAUGAGCCAAGUAGCACUGGGUAUGCAACUGUUAAAGAUCAGCUGGAUUAUUCCCAGUUCUCUGGAAAUGGUGCAGCUGAGGAAGAUGAAGAUGAGGAGAAAACGUCCAGAAAAGUGAAAGUGAAGAGGGACGCAACUAAGAGAGUCCUCAUUGAUAAAGCCCCACCGAUUUUGACCAUUCAUCUAAAGAGGUUCAUCCAAGAUGUCCGUGGUCAUUUAAGUAAAUUGAAUGGCCAUGUCAAUUUUGGAGAUGUACUUGAUCUUAGGCCUUUUAUGGAUCCCAGAUGUGCGGAGAGAGAAAGAUAUGUAUAUCGUCUGCUUGGGGUAGUGGAGCAUUCAGGAACAAUGAGAGGAGGUCACUAUGUGGCUUAUGUGAGAGGAGGUGAGAGAAGCAAAGGCAAGGCAGAGAAUGAAAAUGGAGGGUUUGUGUGGUAUUAUGCCAGUGAUGUCUAUAUACGUGAGGUUUCCUUGGAAGAAGUUCUUCGUUGCGAGGCCUACAUUUUAUUCUAUGAGAAAAUCUGAUUUUCUGAUAUUAAUUUAUUUUCCCGAUACAUUUGAUUCUUCUUUGAGAUAGUGUGGGGUCAACUAGCAACCCCCCGAGAGAGAGGGAGAGUGAGAGAGAGAGAGGGUGUUAAAUUGAGAAGAGGUGAAUAUACAACUACAACCAUCAUAUAAUUUCAUACCCAUUUUUUGACAUGUAAUGAGCUCAAAUACGUACAUUGUGAAAUGACAUUAGAAAAUUCAUUGAA